ACAAAAAAUUUAGAAAAGAGGGAGCCAAUUGCAAAAGGUUGCUAACUUAAAUGGGACAACGAAAGAAAUAAAUAAAAUGAGUUCAAAGAAAUGCAGCUAACGGACACGUGUCCUUUUCCUCUAACAUUUUGACUCGGCGGAGCCACCGGAGACUGAAGAGAGAGAGAAAAAAUUUUUUUUGUUCCUUAUAUUGUAAUUUUGACGAUCGCCACAACAAAUACUUGGAUUUAUUAAUUUCAAUUAUUGCAAAAAUGAAUUCAAAUUUAAACAAAAAAAUUACUAUAUAAAAAAGAGGCUUAAAUUUUGCCAUUUCAUUUACUUUUGCAUUUGAGUUUCAUUUUAGACUGCUCUCUCUCUCCCUCUACUCCGCCUCACUUUAGCAUUUUCGUUUCUACGACGAAAGAUUCUUCGUUUUUUUGAGAGAAAAUAGAAGAGUGAUGUUUCAUAGAUACGAAAACGAUUCCAAAACCUAAUCUCCAAAACGCCGCGUUACGAUCCUAUUCGCCAACGCUUCGCGGAUCCAAAUUAACCGAUCCGACCGCUUUUAUUUGUUUGUUUAUUUAUUUUCACGACUUUACGGUCAGUGGUGAAGCCGGAGAAGGGAAGGGAGAUCAGGUGAUCGGACGGUGGAGGAGGAGAGAGGAUGCCGUCGCAGGGAGACCUAGACCGUCAGAUCGAGCACCUGAUGGAGUGUAAGCCGCUGUCGGAGGCGGAAGUGAAGGCGUUGUGCGAGCAGGCACGAGCAAUACUGGUGGAGGAAUGGAACGUGCAGCCGGUGAAGUGUCCGGUAACGGUAUGUGGAGAUAUUCACGGACAGUUUUAUGAUCUAAUAGAGCUGUUUCGGAUAGGAGGCAAUGCUCCUGAUACUAAUUAUCUCUUCAUGGGAGAUUAUGUAGAUCGUGGGUACUACUCAGUUGAGACUGUUACACUCUUAGUGGCCCUGAAAGUCCGUUAUAGAGAUAGAAUCACAAUUCUUAGAGGAAACCACGAGAGCCGACAGAUAACACAAGUGUAUGGUUUUUAUGAUGAAUGCUUGAGAAAAUAUGGAAAUGCCAAUGUGUGGAAGUAUUUUACUGACCUGUUUGAUUAUUUACCGCUCACAGCUCUUAUUGAGAGUCAGAUCUUUUGUUUGCACGGAGGACUUUCACCAUCUUUGGACACGUUAGACAAUAUUCGAGCAUUGGACCGUAUACAGGAGGUUCCUCAUGAAGGACCAAUGUGUGAUCUGUUGUGGUCUGAUCCUGAUGAUCGUUGUGGAUGGGGUAUAUCUCCACGUGGUGCUGGUUACACGUUUGGACAAGAUAUUGCUGCUCAGUUCAACCAUACCAAUGGUCUCACUCUGAUUUCAAGAGCCCAUCAGCUCGUUAUGGAAGGAUACAAUUGGUGUCAGGAGAAGAAUGUCGUUACUGUCUUCAGCGCUCCAAACUAUUGUUAUCGAUGUGGGAACAUGGCUGCAAUUUUAGAGAUUGGGGAGAAUAUGGACCAGAAUUUUCUUCAGUUUGAUCCAGCACCUCGGCAAGUUGAGCCUGACACCACACGCAAGACUCCUGAUUAUUUUUUGUAAUUUUUUUUUGGUUUUUUUAUAUUUCUGCUAGCUGUUUCUAGUCUUUGUUUGCUGCUGUAUCACUGUAGAUUUUUCUUGGAAGCGAGAAGCUUUUUGUUGUUUUAAGUUGCGGUUCAUCGACGACAUCAUUCUUUGAUUUGGAGUUUGCCCUGAUGCUGCAGCUGCUGCUUCUUUGUUUAUGUGCUCAAGAAUCUCAUAGCCGUACUGAUGAAGGCCCCGAUAGCCUGUUGUCUUGUAUAUUAUCACAAGGAAGCAGCAAUAACGUGUUAUAUCAUGUUCUGUAAUUUCGCACUUUCAAGAAGGAAAGCGGAUAUUUUUCCAACGGGUUCUGUCACGCCUUUUUGUUCGACUCCCCUGAAUUACAUAGGAAAACUUCAAAGACAGCAAAAUAAAUUUUAGAGAAGUUUGUGUAUUAGGUUUCAAAUUUAUACCGUCGAAAGCAAUUUUAAAGUAUAAAAU